ACAUAACAUUAACGCGUCAAACCACCAUGGAAGGAGGAGUUUUCUCUGCUCAGAGUCAGAAGCCUACUUAUCUUCUUCUUCUCCUUCAUAUUUUCCUGCUUGCUUUGCUUCCAUUCAAGGCCAUUUCAUCACCAAAAACACAGGCAGAAGCUUUGCUAACUUGGAAGAACACCUUUGCUUCUGCACCACCUUCUCUCACUUCAUGGUCCCUCACUAACCUCAACAAUCUUUGCAACUGGACUGCCAUUGUUUGUGACCACAGCACCAAACAAGUUUCCCAAAUUGACCUCUCCAACUUCAACAUCUCUGCAACACUAACCCAUUUCAACUUCACCCCAUUUCUCAAUCUCACCCAAUUCAACCUCAAUGGCAACAAUUUCACAGGGCCUGUGCCAUCUGCCGUUGGCAACCUCUCCAAGCUCACAACUUUGGACUUGGGCAACAACUUAUUCAUUCAAGAAAUACCUGUGCAGAUAGGCAUGUUGACUGAGCUUCAGUAUUUGAGUUUCUUCAACAACACUCUCACUGGUGUAAUUCCCUAUCAGCUUAGCAAUCUCCAAAAGGUACAGUUUUUGAUUCUUGGAGGAAACUACUUAGAAACUCCUGACUGGUCUAAAUUUUCAGGCAUGCCUUCUUUGACAUACCUUGAUUUUUAUCUAAACAGUCUUGAUUCAGAAUUCCCAGAAUUUAUAUCUAAAUGUUUGAACUUGACAUUCCUGGACUUGUCUCAAAAUGCUUUCACUGGUCAAAUACCAGAAGUGGUAUUUACUAAUCUGGGCAAGCUUGAGUUUCUCAAUCUCACCAAUAACCAAUUCCAAGGACCAUUGCCAACAAGCUUUCCUAAGCUUAAACACCUUAAUUUAGCACUGAACCACUUCGGUGGUCCAAUUCCUGAAGAUAUUGGUUUUAUAUCUGGCCUUGAAAGAAUUGAACUGCUUAACACUUCCCUUGAAGGGCCAAUUCCAUCCUCUUUAGGCCAACUCAGGGAGCUCAAAUACCUUGAUCUUCGAUACAAUUCUUUGAACUCUUCAAUCCCUUAUGAGCUUGGUCUUUGUACCAACCUCACCUACUUGGCCCUGGCUUCCAAUUUCCUCAGUGGGGAACUGCCUCUGUCCUUGUCCAAGCUUACCAAAAUUGGUGAAUUGGGUUUAUCUGGGAAUUCAUUUACUGGUCCACUAUUGCCUUCUCUGGUUUCCAAUUGGACUGAAAUGGUCUCUUUACAACUUCAAAACAACAGCUUCAGUGGGAAUAUUCCAGCAGAAAUUGGGCUUUUGACAAAACUCAAGGUCCUUUUUCUGUUCCAAAACAAGUUCACUGCCUCGAUUCCCUCACAGAUUGGAAACUUGAAAGAUUUGAAAGAUUUGGAUCUUUCUGGAAACCAAUUAUCAGGGCCAAUUCCUAUAACACUGUGGAGUCUCACAAAUCUUCAUAGCCUACAGCUUUUCUACAACAAUCUCACUGGGACAAUCCCGCCAGAGAUUGGAAACAUGAUGUCAUUGGCUACCUUCGAUGUCAACACAAACCAACUUCAUGGGGAGUUGCCAAAGAACAUUUCUCUUCUAAGUAGCCUUCAGAGUUUUUCUGUGUUCACUAAUGAAUUAUCAGGAGACAUUCCGAGCGAUUUUGGGAAGUACAGUCCUAAUUUGGUGUAUGUUAGCUUUUCCAACAAUAGUUUCUCUGGAGAAUUGCCACAAGAAUUGUGCAGUGGGUUCGCUUUGCAAGUUCUCACAGUCAAUGGUAACAACUUCACAGGGUCAUUGCCUGCGUGCUUGAGAAAUUGUUCAGGAUUAAUUAGAGUCCGGUUUGAUGGUAACCAAUUCACUGGAAACAUUACAAAUGCGUUUGGUGUUCAUCCCAGUCUUGAGUUCAUUGCUCUUAGUGACAACCAGUUUGUUGGUACUCUCUCACCACAGUGGGCAGAAUGCAAAAAUAUCACUGCUAUGGACAUGGCUAGAAAUAGAAUCUCUGGUCAAAUCCCACCUGAGCUUGGGCAGAUGACACAAUUGCAAUCUCUAAGAUUAGAAGCUAAUGAUUUCAUAGGGCAAAUUCCGGAUGAACUGGGAAAUCUAAGCUUACUCUUCUGGCUCAACCUGAGCGGCAACCACUUGGCAGGAUCAAUCCCCAAGAGUGUAGGCAAAUUGACCAAGCUCCAACUUCUUGAUUUGUCUGAUAACAAUUUUACAGGGGCAAUACCAAUUGAGUCUGGCACGUUUGACAGUUUAACAAGCUUGAACUUGAGCCAUAACAAGUUAUCAGGUAAUAUCCCUGCAGAGGUUGGAAACUUAGAGUUGCGGUACUUAUUGGAUCUUAGCGGCAAUUUUCUCACUGGAGAAAUACCUUCAAACUUGGCCAAGCUCACUCAAUUGGAGGUUCUCAAUGUCUCAAACAACCAUCUCUCAGGGUCCAUCCCAUCAGCAUUUUCCAACAUGCUUAGUCUAAACAGCUUUGAUUUUUCUUAUAACAACUUGACAGGUCCAGUCCCAACUGGUGGGAUUUUCCAAAAGGCGCCUGCAAAUGCCUUUGUUGGAAACUCUGGCUUGUGUGGAGCUUCAGAGGGACUAAGUGCAUGCAGUUCUUCAGGCAAAAAGUCCAACAAGAACAACAACAAAAUUCUAAUUGGUGUUUUUGUUCCUGUUUGUGGUUUAUUAGUGAUUGCUACUGUUAUUGCUCUUAUUCUUAUAUUCCGAAAAAAACCCAAGUUGCUUGAUGAGGAAGCCAGAAGUUCUAAGUCUGAGAGCUUUGAGUCUAGUAUAUGGGAAAGAGAAGUGAAAUUUACGUUUGGAGAAAUUGUGAAGGCCACAGAGGACUUUGAUGAGAAGUACUGCAUUGGAAAAGGAGGAUUUGGAAGGGUGUACAAGGCAGAGUUGCUAUCAGGCCAAAUUGUUGCAGUUAAGAGGCUUAACAUAUCCGACUCUAGUGACAUUCCAGCAAUAAAUCGCCAGAGUUUUGAGAAUGAAAUAAAAACUUUGACGCAUGUCAGGCACCGCAACAUCAUUAGGUUAUUUGGGUUCUGUUCAAGAAGGGGUUCCAUGUUCUUGGUUUAUGAGUAUUUAAAGAGAGGCAGCCUAGGAAAAGCAUUGUAUGGUGUGGAAGGAGAUGAUGAACUUGGAUGGGGUACAAGGGUCAAAAUUGUGCAAGGACUAGCUCAUGCACUUUCUUACUUGCACAAUGAUUGUUCUCCACCAGUUGUGCACCGGGAUGUUUCUGUCAACAAUGUGUUGCUUGAGUGUGAUUUUGAGCCACGCCUCGCGGAUUUUGGAACAGCAAAACUGUUGAGCUCGGAUUCAACUAACUGGACCAAUGUUGCUGGUUCUUAUGGCUACAUGGCACCAGAGCUUGCAUUCACCAUGCGUGUCACAGAUAAGAGUGAUGUGUAUAGCUUUGGAGUGGUGGCAUUAGAAAUCAUGAUGGGAAGGCACCCAGGGGAAAUGCUUGAGUCCUUAUUAGAGUCAUCAAAAUCACUGAAGGACAAUACAGAGUUGCUUUUAAAAGAUGUGUUAGACCAAAGGCUGGAGCCUCCAACCGGUGAACUGGCAGAGGCAGUGGUGUUUGUGGUGACCAUAGCCUUGGCCUGCACUCGUGCCCAACCGGAGUCACGACCCACGAUGCGUUAUGUGGCACAAGAACUAUCAGCUCGGACCCAGCCUUACCUCUCUGAACCAUUUGGUGCGUUAACCAUCAACAAACUAACCGGCCAUCAAAAAUAGAAUAAGAGAUUGAAACUAGUGGUAGUGUGUAUGCCAACCAAAUCUUAGUUCAAAAUGUAAAUAUAUAACUAGCUCUUUCUUGGUGUGUUUGUAUUGUGUGUACAUGCAUUGAGCCUAGUAACAAUGUUGGUUCUUGAUGCCCCUGAUGCGUGCUAGUUAAGAAAAUAAUAUUUUGGUUUAACCCAAAAGUUUUGAAUCUUUUGGCACUUGUAGUAUUUAGUAGUGGAUAUAAUGUAGUUUCAUUUGCAA